ACCGUUACUCUGCUCCAUUCUCCGUGGAGUCACUCCUGACACCGUGGACCAUUCUCCCGCAUCAUCAGCAUCAUCUCUGCUUGAACUUUUUUUUUUCUUUACUGAAGUGAGAAAAUUAUACUAAGACUUUAUUUUUCUUCACUGAUCCCUCUUAUUCAUGCCUUUUUAUGUUUCAGAGGAUCAGUUUGAUCCACGCGUAAAGGUCCUUGUUGAGUGAUUUAUCCAUCAGAUGGAGGUCCAUUCUCCUUAAUGACAGCAAACUUGACUAUUUCAAGGAUUUAAAGGAAAUUAUUUAAUCUUAUAAAAAGCAGCAACACUUUGGGAAAGAUACUUUUGUUGUGUGUUUUUAAAACUGGAUCUAUGUGAGAGAGACACACUUUGCUGUCUUUUGUUGUUAGAACUGUCUUAAUGGAAACAUGACCAAAGGCGCAAGAGGACCGGUUCUCCUGAACACCCUCCAGCUGCUCCUGCUGCUGCUUCACGUCCCGCCGGCGUGUCUCUCCGCGCAGCGCAGGCACCCAGCGCGUUAUUUUGGCCACAUCGCUGAGAACUCCCCAGCUGGAACCCCUGUGGAUGGGGUCCUAAUUCCGCUGGAAGCCGGAGACUGCUCCGGAGCGGACCUCCGAAGCAGCCUGUACGGGAACUAUCCUUCUGAUUUCAGGAUCGUUUUCUUCGCUGGACAUCGGGACUCGGCUGGACAUUUGACUUUGAUGUCCGCGAAGCCUUUGGACAGAGAGUUUAUAGCGAUGUACGAGCUGACGGUGGAGCUGCCCUCCAGGUGUCAGAGGAGAGCAGCGGUGGUCCAGGUCGAGGUGUCCGACAGGAAUGAUAAUAUACCCCAGUUCACCAGCGGGAAUAAAACGGUGGAGGUGGACGAGCUGGCGCCUCUUGGAACCGUGUUGGCUCGCUUUGACGCAAAGGACGGCGACGCGGAGAGAAAUGGACGCGCAACUUUUUACGCAUCACCGGAGUCCGGUUUGCUGUACGUGGUUCCACAGACAGGUGAGGUGAGGCUGGUCGGGUCCCUGAUGGGGGUCCGCCAGCUCAGCCUGCGCCUCUACGUUAAGGACGGCGGGGAUGUGGCGCUGGUCGGUCAGCCGGUGUUCCUGUGCGUCAACGUCCGUGGAUCCGGCAGGGCGCGCCGGAGACCCCGCGCUCUGUCCCAGGACCUGACCUACACGGUGACCCUUCCGGAUCACAUCAGGGUGGGAGAUCUGGUGUUCACCGUGCCGGACCAGAGGUUCGAGCAGCGUUGGUUCGAGGUGAUAUCCGAGGCUGACUCGCCCGUUCAUAUCGAAAGGGACUCGGGGCGCAUCUACCUGGCGCGCAGCCUGCGGGAACCUGCGGAGGUGACGGUGAAGAUCCAGAACCUGCGAGGUGAUGAAUGGUACCUGUGCAGGUUAACCCUGAGCCUGCCCAGUCAGACGGACCUGCAGUGGGGGAUGUUUCCUACACCUUACCUGGGUGCCGUGGGUCCUGAUGCCAACCCUGGAUCUGUAGUCUACCGGCUGUCAAUGAGACAACGAGAUGGCACGCUGGGACAACCUCAGUUCCUCCUACUAGAUGGUGGGGAGGACUGCUUCGAGGUGGACCGUCGCUCUGGGUUGAUUAGAACAACAGGACGGCCUCUGACCCCGAGCAAGGAGUACCAUCUGCAGGUCCAGGCAGUGAAUGGAGGAGACCGUAAAGGCCCACCGGCCACAGUUUCCAUCCUCGCUGGAUACCGACCACCACAGUUCACCAACUCCACCUACAGCCUGAAUGUGUUGGAAAACAGCCCUGUUGGCCAACCUGUUGCUGUGGUUCAGGCCAUCUCCUUCCAAAAGAAGAGUCUGUCCUACAUGCUACUGAUCAACCCUGGAAACCUGUUCAGCAUCAACCAGGAAAGCGGCGCUCUGAGCCUCACCAGGUCUGUCGACUACGAGAGCGGUCACAACCUGCACACCCUGCAGGUCCGAGCCUCCGAAUCCGACACCGGCCUCAGCAGCGCCGCAGAGGUUGUUGUCCACAUCACGGAUGAAAACGAUUGCACCCCAGAGUUUCUUCACUCCAUCUACACCAGAGAUAACAUCCCUGAGAGCGUCGCAGCUGGAACCUCACUGCUGCAAGUUCUCGCUCGUGACUGUGAUUCCGGCGUGAACUCGGAGCUCUCCUACUUCAUUCCGAGUGCCGAUUUUGACAUCACUUCCGGGGGCGUGGUCAGCCCCGCCCGUCGCCUGGACUACGAGCGGCCCAAUCACAUCUAUGAGUUUGUAGUGGUGGCGGUGGAUGCGGGGACGCCUCCUAGAACUGGGACGGCCUCUGUCCGCGUCCGUGUGGCCAACACCAACGAUGAGGCGCCGGUGUUCUCCCAGAGCGUCUAUAAGACGUUCCUCAGCGAGGACGCCGGUCCUGACACGCUGGUCGCCAUCGUUCACGCCAACGACCCAGAUGGGGACGCCGUCUCCUACGCCAUUACAGGUGGCAAUGAGGACAGCAACUUCCAGCUUGAUAACCAAAAAGGCAUCAUCAAGCUUCGGCGGAGUCCACCGCCACGGCUCAGAGGCCCGCAGUACGUCCUCAACAUCACCGCUACAGAUGACAAUGCUUCGGGUGGUCCCAAUCCACUCAGCAGCGCCGCUCAGGUCAUCGUAGGGAUCAAUGACAUCAACAACAACAAGCCCGUGUUUGAUGAGUGUCAGAACUACAAUGCAGCAGUUCUUGAGAACCAGCCGCCGGGGACGUUCGUGCUGCAAGUGGAGGCCCACGACGCCGACAUGGGGGUUAAUGGAGAGGUCAAAUACGGCAUCAUGCACAGAGACGGUGUAUCGUCUGGGUUUGAUAUCGACCCUGACACCGGCGUGAUAACCACGGCUGUGAGUUUCGACAGGGAGCGUCAGAGAGAAUUCACGCUUUCUGUGACGGCCACCGAUCAGGCCGAGGAGCCACUGAUCGGGAUCUGUCAGAUCACGGUGCUGAUCUUAGAUCAGAACGACAACGACCCCAAAUUUGAAAACAGCCGUUACCAAUACUUCCUCAGAGAGGAUACUCCAGUGGGAACUAGCUUUUUACGGGCGGCAGCACACGACGAUGACCAGGGGAGCAACUCGGCUAUUACUUACUCGCUGUCCGAGCAGAAACCAGCCUACCUUCACAUCAACCCCAACACUGGCUGGAUUUAUGUCAACCACCCCAUCUCACAGACGUCCAGGAUCAACCAGCAGAUCUUGGCGUCAGACGGAGGAGACCGCAGCAGCUCUGUGGAGCUGACAGUCAUCAUCACCAACGUUCACAACCAGCCGCCCCACUGGGAGCAGCCUGAAUACUGGGUCACUGUGCCGGAAAACACCGUCCGAGAUGCCAAGAUAGUGACUGUGAAGGCAACGUCUCCGCUCGGCGAUCCGAGGGUGACCUACAAUCUGGAGGAAGGCCUGGUGCCAGAGACCAACAUGCCGGUACGGUUCUACAUCAAACCGAACAGGGCGGACGGUUCGGCAUCGAUCCUGGUCGCCGAGAACCUGGAUUACGAGAUGACGCACUUCUUCACGCUGAGAGUGCGUGUGCAAAACGUUGCCGCCGUGCCUCUGGCUUCCUUCACCACCGUAUACGUCAAUGUAACAGACGUCAACGACAAUGUUCCUUUCUUCCUUUCAUCCACGUACGAGGCCACGGUUCCUGAAGGAGCACAUAUUGGCACGUCGGUCGCUCAGGUGUCGGCCACUGACCUCGAUUCGGGUCUGCAUGGCAUGAUCCACUACACCAUCUUGAAGGAUGAGAGCGGAGACUCUCAGUACUUUAGCAUCGACCCCGUCAGCGGCGUCCUAGUAACUCGUGCUUCUUUUGAUCGCGAACAAAAAGCGUCCUACCUGAUCGAGGUGCAGUCACAGGAUGGCUCAGAGUCCGCCCGACCGAGCCAGCAAGGCCAGCCGAACACAGACACCGCCUAUGUCAGGAUCUUUGUCACCGAUGUCAACGACAACGCGCCGGCUUUCGCCCUGCCGGUGUACGAAGUCAGUGUGGAGGAAGACAAAGAGGUGGGCUUCGUCCUCAUCACCGUCACCGCCAACGAUGAGGAUGAAGGCGCCAAUGCUAAGCUACGCUACCAGAUAACCUCAGGAAACGCCAUGGGGACCUUCGACGUGGAGCCAGAGGUGGGCACCAUCUUCGUGGCUCAGCCUCUGGAUUAUGAGAUGGAGCAGCACUACGAGCUGCGGCUGGUGGCUUCUGACGGGAAGUGGGAGAAUGAGACGCUGGUGGUGGUUCAGGUGGUCAACCGCAACGACGAAGCGCCGGUGUUCAGUCAGACAGAGUAUCACGCCUCUGUGAUGGAGGAGCUCACUCAGUUUCCUGUUUUCAUUCUGGAGGUGUCAGCAACAGAUCCUGAUCAGGAAGCCGACCAGACCGCCCUCCGUUACACCCUCCAUGGCCAGGGUGCCGGUGGGGAGUUCACUAUAGAUGAACAUACCGGAAGAAUCUAUGCUCAGCGUCGCUUGGACAGGGAGGAGCGCCCUGCCUGGAGAUUCCUUGUUCUGGCCACAGACGAGGGGGGAAUGGGCCUUACAGGAUUCGCCGAUGUGCUCUUAGAGGUCCAAGACAUUAACGAUAACCCCCCCUUCUUUCCCUGCCCAGCUCUAGUGGUAGACGGGUGUUUUGUUGGUCAAGUGCCUGAAAACUCACCAGCAGACACCUCCAUCAUGGAGAUGCGUGCCAUGGACCUUGAUGACCCAAAUGAAGGCCGGAAUGCCUUGCUUACCUACAGCAUCAUCAAGAACAUUCGCAAUGAGAUCAACCUCGACCUGUUCUCAAUAAACGCCACUACAGGGACUAUCUAUACAGUUCUGCGUUCACCGGACCGGGAGACCGAGGACAAGUAUCUGGUGGUGGUGGAGGCCCGGGAUGGAGGUGGUUUGUCUGGGACGGGAACAGCCACCAUUAUGAUUUCAGACGUAAAUGACCACCCACCUAUUUUUACUCAGAGGUCCUACUCCACCCAGAUGAAUGAGGACCUGGAGGUAAAUAGUGAGGUUCUCGUUGUUUCUGCCACUGAUAGAGACGAGGGUGAGAACGCUGUUGUUACGUUCAGCAUUGUCGGCGGAGAUGAUGAAAGGAAGUUCUUUGUUGAAACAGACAAAGUAAACCGACGAGGCGUGAUAAAACUUAAAAAGAAGGUUGACUUUGAGAAACACCAUGAGAGGACUUUUAAUCUGACCCUGAAGGCAGAAGAUGCUGAUUUUUACAGCCUGGCCUACUGUGUUGUCCAAAUUGAAGACUCCAAUGAUCAUGCUCCCGUCUUCUUUCCGCAAUUCUAUGAGUCCGCUGCCAUGUCUGAAGACAUUCCCGUGGGAACGAUUGUUACUCAGGUUACUGCAUCUGAUCUGGACUCUGGCCAAAAUGGCCGUUUCUCUUACAGCAUUUCAAAAGAGUCUGACCCUUAUAAUCAGUUCCUGGUGGACCAGUCUGGUUGGGUAGUAGUUGCUAGUUCUCUGGACAGAGAGAAAAUCUCCCAGCACAGGAUAAUGGUUCUUGCUACAGAUGCUGGUGUACCAACCCUAACUGGCACCGCCAUCGUUAUGGUGACUGUACUUGAUAUAAACGACAAUGGGCCUGAGUUCGAGGCUCCCUAUAAACCUAUUGUUUGGGAGAACACAGCAGCGCCACAGGCUGUUCAGAUGAAUGAAACCUCCAUGCUUCUUCAUGCCAUCGACCGUGACACCUCAACUAACGGCAGCCCAUUCUCCAUCCGGCUCCUCCUGCUCACCUCCGACGCCACCAACUUUAAUUUGACAGACUUUCGAAAUGGCAGUGCGGCUAUCACAGCUCUUCGCAGCUUUGAUCGUGAGCGUCAAAAGGAGUACCGCCUUCCUAUUCUCAUGAUUGACAGCGGAUCUCCUCCAGUGAGCUCAACCAGCACGUUGACAGUUGUCAUUGGUGACAGAAAUGAUCAUCCACACUUACCUGGACACACCCACAUUGUGGUCUACAGCUAUGAAGGUAUCCUCCCGACAACAGUUAUUGGGCGUAUUCAGUCCCCUGACCUUGAUGACUGGAGUGAGAAGGUGUACCGUUUCCAUGGCAAAACAACCAGGUUGUUUGGUCUAAACCAGAGCUCAGGUCAGCUCAGCAUCAGAGAGGGAACCCCUCCCGGCUCAUACCGCCUGCAGGUCCGCGUGUCAGACAACACAUGGCCUGACGUCAUCUCGACCGCCCAGGUGGAUGUCACAGAGCUGCACCAGGAGGCCCUGCAGCAAGCCGGCUCCAUCCGUCUGAGCAAUCUUACAGUGGAGGAGUUUUUCCGGAGUAGCAGCGGAGGUCAGGGAAGUCGUUUCUAUCGUCUGGGUCGGAUGUUGGCUGAAUUCCUGCAGACCUCGCCAGAGAACGUCCAAAUCUUCUCUUUAAGCAAAGCCGGCAAGGAGACGAAUACAGCGCUUGAUGUAUGGUUUGCUGCACACGGAUCUCCGUACUACAAGGCCGAGAAGCUGCACGGCUAUGUGGCAGCAAACAAGGCCAAGUUGGAGUCCAUGUUGGGUGUAUCCGUCUCCCAGGUGGGUGUGGACGACUGUCCGUCCACAGACUGCAGUCCGUACGGCGGCUGCAGCAGUGAGGUGUCGUUCAGCCAUGUCCCCGUGGUUCUGAGCUCCGGGAACACCUCUCUGGUUUCUCUGUCGGCCUCUUUGACGACACGCUGCGGCUGCAGAGGGCGAGAGGCGACCCACCUGUCCUGCUCCCCGUAUCCCAUCAACCCCUGCCUCAACGGAGGCACCUGCCAGGAUGGACCACUGGGAUACCGAUGCAUGUGUCCCCCCAUGUUUGACGGGCCGGAAUGCCAGCAGACCAAGCACAGCUUUGGAGGUCAGGGUUACGCCUGGUUUCCUGCCAUCAAGCCGUGCUUCCAGAGUCGCAUAUCCCUGGAGUUCCUGUCGGAGUCGGCCAACGGGCUGCUGCUCUACAACGGGCCGCUCGGCCUCACCCAACCCGGGGAGCAGGAGGACUUCAUCGCCGUCGAAUUAAGAAACGGCGUUCCAGUUCUGAGUAUAAACCACGGAUCAGGAACUCUGACCCUUCAGCUUCCACCUAAAGCAGCGAUCAACGAUCGACGCUGGCAUCGCCUGGACAUAAUCAGUGAUGGAAAGCUGGUGCAGAUGAUUCUGGACCAGUGUGGUGGGGUUCCAGUGAAUGAGAUGGAAGGUGUUGGAGGUGAGGCCCAAGGCAUCGAUGAGUCCGGCUGCAGAGCUGCAGGAGAAACGCCGGGGAAUCAGCGGUAUUUAAAUGUUCACCAGCCUCUCCAGCUGGGAGGGGUGAAGGAAAUGUCUCCCUACCGCCGUUACCGGAGCUUUACUGGAUGCAUCCGAAACCUCGUAGUCGACAGUCAGGUGUAUGAUCUGGCAAAUCCAGGUGAGAGUGUGGACAGUGCGCCGGGUUGCAGGCCCACAGACGGAGUAUGUGUGACGGCAGCCGGUCCUUCGUGCGGCAUUCACGCCUCCUGCCUCGCUGACUGGGGCUCCUUCAGCUGCGAGUGUCGACCCGGAUACACCGGGCACAAGUGUGAGAGAGCUGUCCAGGAGUUUUCCUUCGACUCGGACAGCGUGGUGCGUUUACAGCUCAGAGGAGGCGGAAGCUCCCGGCGCACCAACAUCCAGAUGCUCCUCCGAACCAGAGCCACGUCAGGGACCCUGCUCUCUGUUGCCUCCCGGGACGCCAACGAGUACAUCAUUCUGGAGAUUAUUGACGGUCACGUCUCCGUUCGCGCCAACCUGGGAGACGGUGCCCAUUCACUCCAACUCCCGGCUCAAAGAGUGGACGUCGGACAGUGGGUCUUGGUCAGCCUUGGUCGCCACGACAACACGUUCACCCUGCGGUUGGAAAAGGGAGGGGGGUCACGGGAGGUUCAGGCUCAGCUGGGGAGCCGCAGGGAGAUUGUGGUUCAUCCGGCCAGCCUGAUGAUCGGCAACAGACCGAACGCCGGAGAGAAGGCCGACUUUCAGGGAUGUCUGCGGGACGUCCGCUUCAACGGCCACGUCCUCCCUCUGGACGGGCAGAGUCUGGACCUGGUGACGGUGCUGGAGAGGCGAGGGGUCACCUCAGGCUGCUCCAGCGACGCCUGCAGAAGCCAACCGUGCCGCAGCCCACUGCGCUGCAUCGACCUGUGGAGAAAACAUCAGUGCAAGUGUCCGGGUCCGCAGGUGACAGUAACAGAUGAGUCGGGUCUCCAGCGUUGUGUUCCGUCACCCUGCGGUCCGUCUUCCUGUCGUAAUGGCGGCGUAUGCCAUGCACUCUCCCCCGACAGUUACCAAUGCCGCUGUCAGGAGGGCUUCAGGGGUCACCGCUGUGAGCUGGGGCAGGUCAAAGGUCAGAGGAUGGCCUCUCUCAGUCCCAGCUCCAUCCUGGCCAUCAGCAUGUGCCUGCUUGUCUUUAUCGUCGUGUUGGUAGCGGUGACGGUUUGGAACCAGAAAGGAAGCAGAAACAAGUUCAGGAAGCGAGGAGUUUAUCACAUUCCUGCUGAACACCAGAGCUGGGAAGACAUCCGGGAAAACAUCCUCAACUAUAACGAGGAAGGAGGAGGAGAACAGGACCAGAAUGCAUACGACAUCACGGAGCUGAAGCGUCCUCUGUGCUCCAGUCUAUCCCAGUCGUCCUCCUGCACCACCGCCCCGCUCAUCAAGUCCUCCCCAGGCUCCCAGGAGGAGGUCCAUCCGUCCAGCUCCUCCUGCAGCUCAGGUGCUCCCUACCUCAGCAUCCCUCAUCACCACCAUCACCACCACCACCAUCAGAACGCAGUCAGCGCCGGCUGCAGCAACGACGCCAACUACGCCUGUCAGGCAGGCAGGGACAUGGAGAUGAAUGAGGCGGGCAGGUAUGCUGAUGCUCCGCCUGUGGCGCGCUCCCAUGUGGACUUUAAAAGCUACGUGGAGCGAAUCGUUUGGGAGGCGGACAACGACGGCGGCGCUUUCCCUCCAGAUGCCUACCAUGUGUGGUGCGUGGAGGGGUCUGGGUCCUCGGCAGGAAGCCUGAGCUCUUUGGGGUCGGCUGUGUCCUGCAGGAGAAUGUUUGCUGGGGAGAAGGAGAGGGAGGAGGAGGAGAAUGAAGCAGGCUAUGUUUAUGACAGGCUGUCCCGGUGGGGCCCCAAGUUUCAGGCUCUGAGUGAGAUGUACGACCGGCCGCAGCUGGGCCUCACAUACAGGGACGCAAUAGCCUACAUACAGAGCCACAGCCAUGACCCCCUGCCUCAGCACCACUAGGGGGAGCCAGACAACCCUUAGCUACUCAGUUCUAUGGUUGGAGAGUCCUGCAUUCACACAAUGUCUGUUUCUUCGCAUUUAAAUCAGCUAGAUUUACUAUUAGCUUCCUUUUAGGGAAUAAUAGUAGUCUCAUUAAAUAUUUUUAUUUAAACUUGUUCUUAAAAAAUACAAUAAAUCAUCUGAAAAGGAGUCCUAAACACAAAUCUUUUAAAAUGAAAGUCCUGGUCGGACAAAAGGAAUGCAUGAUAAAUCAGCAGUAAUAUCGGUAUCAGGUCAUUUUUAAGUCCGAUAAUUAAAACUGAGCUGAUAUUACACAAGAAAAAAUAUUUCACCUCAAUCAUAAGAUUUACUCCCAUCUAGUUUUUUAGACAUUGUAACACACAUCUAUUAAAUGAGCCUUAUAUUAUGCAUAUUGGAUAGUAAAAUAUAGCUAUUUAUUUGAAUACAUAAUCAUCAGGUUUAUGUAUUUAGCAUUAAUAAAGUAUGUUUAAUGGGUGUAUUUAUUUCAAGCACAUAAAGUUUAUUGUUUGAAUUGCAUAAAGGUAGCCCGAUUAAUAUGCAAUUGGAACAAUAAACUUUAUAUAUUUGAAAUUAAAAAGAAAUUGUGGUAAAUAUUUUUUUUUAAGUGUAACAAAAGGUGUUUAUUUUCAUCCAUCUGCUGUUUUUGUUUUAUUUUUGUCUGGUCAUUUCACAUUGAUCAUGUUUUAGCUCAGGAUGGUUGAUGUUUAACUGAAGCAAAGGGUUAUACAUAAUAUUGAAUGUUGAUAUUGGUCCGAGUUUUUAAUAUCAGCCUUUUCAUAUAAAAAUGCAUAUUUUGGUGUUGGGCUUUGGUUUAAAGCAAACAGAAGAUCUUAAUUGUGAAAGAAUGAAGUCAGAAAUCUGACAAAGGGGACACGAAUCCCAUCUCUUCAGACAGUACUGUUUUCUUCCUAAGCGCUAUGCUAACAUUCUUCCUACAAUGUUAGCAUAGCAACAGGCUAAUAGCCUGAAAUUUUCUCAUGGAAAAAAUAAUUGGUCAAAUCAAGUAAUCAUUAAAUUACUAGGUUUAACACAGUCAUUAAUGUUUUCCCACAGCAGUAGCCAUAUGUUUUAAAAUGACUUUUAUAUUUAGAAAUUCAUAUGAGUUAAGCUAAUGUUAGCCUUACUGUUUGAGGAAAGUGAGGCUUGAAUUAACUCAUUUAUAGAGAUACUUAUAGAGACAUUUAUAAUCAGUUUGCACCUACUGCUAAGCAUUUUUCAUUUUAUGUCCAGCAUUGUAUUUAAAAAUGUAUAAGAUUGGGAGAGGCAAUUAGCCUGAAGAUGCUAAUCAAUGCUAACUGAAUAUGCUAAUUACUAGCUGACUCAAGAGGCAGAAUAUUAUUAUUAUUAUCCCUCAGAGCUUUCUCAGGUUGGUUCUCCUCAAGGUUUCAAAAUUUGACAAAAGCACAAAGAAAAAGGUCCAAAAAUCUGACUUGAUUUAAGGGUAGAAUUAAGUAUUUUUCAAACCAUAAUAAAUUUUU